UCCUCUUUUGAGCAUCAAUAUAAACUGUCCAGAAGACGCCUCUCGUCCCAGACCUGCUUCACUCCACGCCUGAUCUCAGCCUCAACAUGUCACUGAACUCAUAUUUACUGCUGGCAGCUAUUGCAGUCUGCUGCUUCACAACCCACAUGGCAUUCCCAAUGGAUGGCUUUGCUACCAACAAGAAGUGUCAGUGUCUGGCCACCACCUCAGCCGUGAUCCCACCUCGACUGUUCCAGAAGAUUGAGAUCCUGCCUCCAGGAGCACACUGUCGCAAAAUCGAGAUCUUGAUUACCAAAAAGGACAACAAAACAGUUUGCAUAAACCCAGAAGCACGAUGGAUCAACAAUAUCAUCUCAAAAGUAAUGAGAAGCAAAAGAGCUGUAAAGGAAACUGCUGUGCCCACCGCGGCAUAAAGCAAUGUGGUCAAGAACAACCACAAGAAAGAUAUUUUCCAUUUUCUCAACUAUUCCUUU